AUGGUGGUGUGCUUACAGUGUGGGAAGAGUUUUAAUCAACAGGGUAAUCUCAAAAAACACCAGCGCAUUCACACUGGACAGAAACCGUAUCAGUGCUCACAGUGUGGGAAGAGUUUUACUACACAGAGUGCUCUCAAGAUACACCAGCGCAUUCACACUGGAGUGAAACCGUAUCAGUGCUCACAGUGUGGGAAGAGUUUUAAUACCCAGAGUGAUCUAAUAAAACACCAGCGCAUUCACACUGGAGAGAAACCGUAUCAGUGCUCACAGUGUGGGAAGAGUUUUAAUAAACAGAGUAAUCUCAAAAUACAUCAGCACAUUCACACUGGAGAGAAACCGUAUCAGUGCUCACAGUGUGGAAAGAGUUUUAUUACACAGAAUAAUCUCCAAACCCACCAGCGCAUUCACACUGGAGAGAAACCGUAUCAGUGCUCACAGUGUGGAAAGAGUUUUUUUACACAGAGUAAUCUCAAAAUCCACCAGCGCAUUCACACUGGAGAGAAACCGUAUCAGUGCUCACAGUGUGGAAAGGGUUUUAAUCAACAGAGUCAUCUCAAAACACACCAGCGCAUUCACACUGGAGAAGAAGGAAACGUCUGCUCACAGUGUGGGAAGAGCUUCAGUACCCAGGGUGCUCUCAAAAGACACCAGCGCAUUCACACUGGAGAAAAACCGUAUCAGUGCUCACAGUGUGGAAAGAGUUUUAAUGGACAGAGUGAUCUCAAAAUACACCAGCACAUUCACACUGGAGAGAAACCAUAUCAGUGCUCACAGUGUGGAAAGAGUUUUAAUGGACAGAGUGCUCUCAAAACACACCAGCACAUUCACACUGGAGAGAAACCGUAUCAGUGCUCACAGUGUGGAAAGAGUUUUAAUCAACAGAGUGAUUUGAAAAGACACCAGCGCAUUCACACUGCAGAGAAACCCUAUCAGUGUUCACAGUGUGGAAAGAGUUUUAAUCAACAGAGUGCUCUCAAAACACACAAGCGCAUUCACACUGGAGAGAAACCAUAUCAGUGCUCACAGUGUGGAAAGAGUUUUAAUGGACAGAGUGAGCUCAAAACACACCAGCGCAUUCACACUGGAGAGAAACCAUAUCAGUGCUCACAGUGUGGAAAGAGUUUUAAUCAACAGAGUGAGCUCAAAAGACACCAGCACAUUCACACUGGAGAGAAACCGUAUCAGUGCUCACAGUGUGGAAAGUGUUUUUUUACACAG